GAUGGUUAUAAAUAGGCUGUACAUUCGGUCACUACAGUAAACCACAGACAUCCCUGAAGGAUUAACACCUUAACGACUGCACGGUGUUUUUCUUCCUCGGGGCGGUCACAGCGUUUCCAUUCAGCUCCUCGCUUCUUUAAUUACUUCCGAAAAGCACGCGCUUACGUCCCCCGGUAACGUGGUCGGCACCGUGCUCUCCCAGUGUUGGCGCUGCACCGUGCGCCACCGCCACCGCCGCCGCCGCCGCUCGGUGCUCGGUCCUCGCAGCCACACCCUCCCAUCUCCAGCUCGCACGCGUGCAGCUGUGCGGGACGGACGGUGCGUGCGUCUCCCUGUCGGGCACCCGCAGCAUCAGCAACACAAAAGGGGUCGGAGCAGCCGGAGCUGGGUUUACCUCAGCAGCCGAUCACAAGGAGGAACCGCGUCCGGGGGGAGAAAUAUAAGCCAAGGUGUGCAGUGACCAUGGCAACAGACGCCACGGAAACUAAGCAUGACAUGCUUUUAGAGGUAACCGAAUCCAAAGGCCCAGAGAGAAGGCGACAGGGCAAAUUCCAGCCCUUCAGACGACUCUUUGGGAGGAAGAAGAAGAGGGAGGCGAAAGGGGGCUUGGAUGGAGCAGAGCUACAGGCGAGUUUUUCUACUGGGGAAGUGUGCAAUGGAGUUGUAUCUGACGAUGAGGAGUCCAACCAAAAUCUGAGGGAGUUGAAUCCCAUCGGAUCUCGAGCUCUCUCACACGACAGCAUCUUUAUACCAGAGGAGCCGGUGACUGAGCCUGGUCUAGAUCACAGCAUGUCCCAGGAAAACGUCUCGGAUAAAGUGAGGAAUCUGCAGAAGCAGAUAGCACAAGGUAUAAAGUUUGGCCAGAGGCCUCCUUCUCUGAGGAAAAGUGAAGGAGCUGAGGGAAGUUCAGAUGAAGAAGAGGUUCCCCAGAGUCCUCUGAGGGUUUUGGCCCAGGUAGAAGCCGAGCCAGCAAACACAGAGCCAAAGCAGGUCCAGAGGGCCCAACAAGCUGAACCACCCAGCACCCCAGUGAAGUCCCCGAGGUCCAAACGAGUUCUUCCACCCACCGGUACCAUCGAGUCCAUCAAUCUGGAUGCUGUUCCACAGUCUGUUCCUCGCUUGGACAACACAGCAGCCAAGCAUAAACUGUCCGUUAAACCCAAAAACCAGAGGAUUUCCCGCAAGCACCGGCGGUUUACACAGGACCUUCAAGAGGUAUCUAUUCCUGGUGUGCUGCAAGAAGACCUCGAGGCAGCAGGCAUCUCCACAGACAACCAGCGCAGGACAUCUGUUGAAGAGUCCCUAGAAAGCUUCAAGAAACAGAGACUCCAUGAGGAGGACAGACAGGAGACGAGGAGGAAGAGGGAGCUGGAAGAACAGAGGUUCAGACAGGAGGAAGAGGAGAAGAGGAAGAGAGCAGCAGAGGAGCUGAGGCUGCGUGAACUAGAGGAGGAAAGGUGUCGUAAACAGCAGGAGGAGGAAGAACAAAGGCUUAGAGAGGAGGCAGAGAGAAGGAAGAGGGAGGAAGAGGAGAGAAGGAUCAAAGAGGAAGAAGAAAGGAGGCAGCGAGAGGAGGAAGAGCGGAUGCGUAGGGAGGAGGAGCGCCGACAGCGGGAGGAGGAGGAGGAGAGGAGACGACUGGAGGAGCAGAGGAGGAAAGAGGAGGAGGAAAGAAGGAAGCAAGAGGAGGAGGAGAAAGAAGCAAGGAGGCAGCAGGAGCUGGAGGCUGAGAAGAAGAGGAAGCUAGAAGAGGAAGCGGAGAAGCUGAGGUUGCACGAGAUUGAAGAAAAGAAAAAAAUGGAAGCAGAGGAGAGGACUAGAAAGGAGGAGGAGGAGCAGAGGAGGGCGGAGGAGCUUCGCUGGAGGGAGAUGGAGGAGAGACAGAGGCCUUUCUCUUUCAAAGUUUCCUCUGGAGAAAAACAGAUUUUGUUCCAGAAGGUUAACCUGACGCCUGUUACACUGGCCUCCAGCCACCAGAGCGGUGCUGUAGCUGAACAAAGGGAGAGUGCUAAGGCUUCUUCUUCUGAAGGACCAGACUCUCCCAACCUGCCAACAUCUCCAUAUGUCCCCCACACAGCCAUCUUAGUGACAGGAGCCCAGCUCUGUGGGACAGCUGUCAACUUAGACCAGAUCAAAGACACCGCCUGCAAAUCUCUGCUCGGUUUGGGAGAGGAUAGGAAGGCCCAGGGAACACCUCCAACCAAGAGCAAGACUUCGCCGGACCGUAAGUCUGGCAAAACCAAAUCACUCAAUGAGUCCGCACUCUCUCCAGAUCAGUCCGGUGCAGCAGUCCUGGCAGAAUGGGCUAGCAUCAGAUCAAAGAUAUUCAAGGGGGUAGAGGAGGGGAAAUAUGACGAGUACCCAGAGCCGAGCAGGAACCAGCCUCAGCCCAGCAGUGAAGAGCAGCCUGCGUUCCCGCACUCGAACCUCAGGAAGACCAUGUCUGCCAGCGCCAAGUUCUCCAUCACCCCUGCGAAGAAGAAGUUUGGCGAUUCAAACAGGAACUCUGAGGUGUUCGGUGCAGAUGAUAAGGAAGCAGGAGAGGAAGCAACUCCGUCUGAUAGCCCCACUGCAGCCUCCCCAGCUCCAACCAGUAAACCUCAGAACAGGACCAGCAAAACGGUCCGCAUUGUAGAAAGAGGGUCAGAGGAAUGUAUGUUUGCCAAAGACCUCCCCUCUUUCCUGGUUCCCAGCCCUGGAGCCAAAUCUGAGGGGCUGGAGUUGAAGAGUAGGGCUCAGAGUGAGACAGAGGUGUGUGAAAGUAGAGAAGAGGGAGAGGACCGAGCCCAGGACGGAGAGGACAAGCCCUCACCUUUUGGCAUUAAGCUGAGGAGGACCAACUACUCCCUCCGCUUUCACAGUGAACAGUCCACUGAGAAAAGGAAGAAACGAUACAGUGCUGGGGACAGCUUUGACGGCGUCCCUUCACCUCUCACCCCAAUCGAGCCAGACUCUGACACUUCCUCUGUCUUUUCCGACAAGUCAAGUCCCACAUCGCCUCAGAGAGAAGGCGCGGUCGGCAAGUACUUACAUGCAUCUGCCUCCCCCGCUGGCCCUCGGGCUAAACCUGGCAAGUCAGCCAGCCCCACUGCACACAGCGAAGGUGAGAAAGUGCUUUCAAAGCCACCACUCUACCGCAGACCAACCACGUCACCCAAACCUGCUGGAGCCACCCCCACACCUCCCCCUUCACCGCUACCUAAAGUGGCUCAUGGACCUUCCAGUGAUGCCGUGAUUCAGAGAACGGGGGCUGCAGAGUCAUCCGCUCAGGAGCACACGAACAGGAACGAGGAACCUUCAGCGGUGGCCCAGUUGCACCGGAGCAGCCAUGGCCAGGUCCAAGUGGAAGAGGAGCCGAAGGAGAAAAGAUCCUUCUUCCCCUCCAUUAACAUCCCCUGGAGAGAGAAGGUGGACAGAAAGACGGAGCUCAUCAGGAGAGUGUUCACAUGUUACCCAGCAGAAAAACCAUCACUACAGAGCCGGCACUCACUGGACAGUUCGAGGGUCCAGGAGAAGGAGGCUGGGCCCUUAUGGAUCACACUGGCUCUACAGAAGCAGAAGGGCUUCAGGGAGCAGCAGCAGAAUCGAGAUGAGCGUCGUAGCCAAAGAGAGGCCAAACUGGCUGAAAAACAAGCCAGAGAUAGAGACAGUGUUACACUGGUGAGCCCCACAGAGAGCAGAGGAAGCGGAAGCACCAGUCCCUGUUCUAAACCUCAAACACCAGAGGAGCCCAAGAGACCCGACAGCCUCCUGGGACGAUUUGACCGCAGAGAACAUCUGAAAAAAGCCAACACUUUACCCAGCUCUGUCACCGUUGAGAUUGCUGACUCUACACCAUCGCCACCUGCUGUCAAGGAGGUGUCAAAGCGCUUCCCCUCCACUGACUCUCCGCAGGUGUCCACAGAGCCGGCCUGGCUGGCCCUGGCCAAGCGAAAGGCCAAAGCCUGGAGCGACUGUCCUCAGAUCAUCAAAUAACACCCCACCCCAGCUUCACACUGGGCUCUGGCCUGCAUUGAGACUGCACACUGCCCAUGGACUCCGAAGCACCUCGAGAGUCACCAUCACCUGCCCUUCCCUCCGAAAACUCACCAUGAAAAACCCUCCUGACUGUGAAACAAGUAAAGCCCUCCUUCACCUUGUAACCCCACACACUGGCUGGUACUAUUAUGAUGUUAAAGUGCGCUUCACAUUCAAAUAUUCCAAUACAGUCACACAAAUAUAUGUAAACAAUUGUUGCGCGCAUGCACAUACUGUAUACAAACACACAAUUAUAUGUCCCAAAAAGACACACAGAGAAGGAACAUGUCGCAGUCCGGAGAGUCCUUAGCAGCCAAUCACAACCAUGGCUGGCCAUUGCAAUAGCCAACCCCAGUUUUUUAUUUUUAUUUUCUAGCCAACUGUGUCACCAUGGUUGUAAAUAAAUCAUUCGCUCAACAAAAUGAAAGGUGAAACACUUCUGUAUUAGACAGUUGAAGCUCUGACAUAUGACAGUGUUUAUUCAACAGAGGGUAACUGUCUGAAUCGUGUUUUAAGGGCUACCAGUAACAAUAACUCGACCUGUUGAAUCUGCUUCCGGACGUCUGAUCGAAGUGUUACAGGCCUCUUAUCUGCCCUCGUUGGUAUUAUUUAUGUAAAGCAGCGGAUUUAUCUAUGUUGAACGAUACUGUAUCUCCUCUCUGAGCCUUGUUUGUCAUGUACAAAAGAAGCCUUUUUUCUGUUUUUUUUACUCAUACUCUUAGCAUAACAAUUCUCACUGUGUCCGUGAUGACUGUGAUAGCUGUCAAGGAGGCUAUUGUACAAUUUCGCCAUUAUAAAGUAACCAGAAUCUGUCAUAAUCACAUGGUGGGUGCACCUAAACACAGCACUGAAGACCACAAGUGUUACUGGGCAUUUACAGUGAACUGCACACUAUCCUUAUCCACAGCUGUGUGAUGACGUAAUUUGGACUUUUUGCUUUGCUAAUGGAGACAGACACAACACCUGCUUGCUGUAACAUACAAUUUUUGUAGCUGUCCUCCUGUAACACACUUGUGUUUGUAGGCUUACGCCAUCACUUCCUCGUAAAUGUGAUAUGAUCUUACAUAAUGUAAGCAUUUCCUCUAUGAAAAAAAAAUCUCUCCAGCAUUCUCAUUUCCUGCCACUGACUUAAUGAUCUGUAUGUAUGUAAGUAUGUACUGUAUGGGAGUCAAAGGCGUUACCAGAGCUUCGAUCAGAAAGGGUCACUUUGUCAUUUUGUUUCUAACGUCAGUCGUGCACAAUAGUGUAGUGUACGCAGUGUUGUAUGUAACAAGAAAAAUGUUUGGUAUUAUUUGCACUUUUUUGUCCCACUUAGAGAUAUUCAUGAGAAAAUUCUUAAAGAGAUACAAAAUGUUAUGAAUAAUGUAAAUUAAAUACUCAUGUCUGAA